UAACGAGUCACAUAAUCAUCUUCGCCUCGAGUUUGACCCCUAUCUUCGCUGCGCAGACCUACAAACAAAGAGGGUGUUUUGUCAAGCCACUGUUUUACCCUCGAUCGCUAGCUGCGGCAUGCUCCGCAGUCUGUCAAGAUGACCAGGCUCCGCGGAGCUUCCGUGAGCUCGUAUGAGGUUUCGCAUGGAGGCAUCGACCGACCCCAGUUCCACCGCUCCAAACUACCUCCGAACGCCCCCGACGUGAUCGCUCAAAAUACCGUGGACGUCUCGGAUCCCGCGCAGGUUCUUUUAUGGUGCAGAGAUGAACGCCGUCGCCAGUUCAACCUCCUGGUCCGCAGGUACAAGAAUCAACUCCUCUACGGCUGCCAGGACCCUGGCUGUCAGACGCCAACUUGCGCUAGCUAUCGAAAACGCGUGACGGAGGGACCAUUCCGCCGGUAUACUGAGCUGAGCGCCCGCACACUGGCUUGCUACUUGGCAAGCUUGGAUAACGCGGAGGACGGUUUGUGUCGCAAUCUCUCUCGGGUUCCUUAUGAGCUUUCACCCCAGGAGUAUCAACGCCGAUCGAAACGACGGAAUCGUACCUUGCCUUCGAACGAGCCAGCGAGAGAACGUACUGAGUCACGGAGCGGGGAUCAUACUGGCGCGGAUGGGGUGCUAAGGCCAUCACCGGUUCGGAACGUACAUUCUUCCAGCUUCAAUGAUCGAAAUGGUCGAAGUUUGUCUCCAUGUGUGGAAUCCCAGGACCUGACGGCGGCUAUACCGGAGGAGACACCUGCAACACAGCGAAUGAAAGACCCGAAGUCGUUCACUCAGAACUUGUUCGAUACCCUAUCGCUGAGGAUGAUAGAAUGGUUACCUCUACGACGCUCUCCAAGUUCGCUCGGUCCGGAUUCAGAUCGCAUAGACACCCGUCCCGAGUCUCGAUCACCAAAACCGGAUUUCGAUGGAACGCAGCCAUAUUCGGAUAAACCUAGGCCAAAUCUAAACCGACAACGAACACCCCAACAUACUGUGUCUGCAACUGCGACUCCCCAAACCCCCUCAUCGCGCCAUGGGAAUGGUCAGUUGGCUGCGCUGGAGUUGAAACUUCCUAACCAGCAGGUUAAGCGACUGUCGCUCACGGAUGUGGACCAGUGGCGCCAGAACCCACGCACAAGUCUGGAAGAGAAAUCAUAUCAGGAGCUGAAACCCGCCCGCAAGCUCACUGUGAACACACACGUUAAUGGCGAUGAAACGCACAAUGUACCUUCGCCACCCGCCCUACGGCAUCGUCCGCAGAAGCAUCGGGGGAGAACAGCAGACGGAAAUUAUCCCCUUCCGCAGGAGCAGCCGAAGAAAGGGCGACGUGUUUCAUGGGAUGGCGCGAAGUAUCUCAACAAUGUCCUGCUCGACGAAUCCGAUAAACCCGAGCCUCAGAGCGACGAACAACCUCCUCCGGAGACAGAGUCUCCUAGUGCCCGGAAACCGAAGCGCCGGAGUUCGAGUCAGAACAAAUCCAUUUCAAGUAUCCAAUCGUUAUCACAUUUGACGGACGAAAUAAUUGACGGCAUGACGCAAAUGAUGAUACUCUCUGAGGACGAGGCAGAACUGUGGAAGGACGAGCUGACGUACAUGGAAUCCACCGGGAGCUUCGAGGAGUCAGAGUGGCGCUUUGCGACUCCCCGUCAGCGUGAAGUGUUUUCCUUCGUUUCACAGAGCGUCUUCUAUGCAUUGGGGAAUACCAAGCAACUCCUUCUCUCAUUCCGCCAGAAAUCGGCCGGUCCGACCGGAAUGAAUGAGGGCCAAUCUAAGCCUAAGCUUGAUCUCCAACAAUUACAACCAUCGCUCCGUAAGUUACUCCACAUCUGCCCCCGGGAUAUUGUCUUUCACAGUCUCUGGAGCGCUACGGAGACACUAUUCAUCCCACCAAAGGAGCUUUCAAUGUCGGGUAAACUUUCCCGCCGUUCGUCUAGCAACUCGACGAACGCCGCAUCCAGCGCACCGAUCAUUCGUCGAUCCGAUUCCGAGGGCAAUGAGCACUUUACUGAUGCCAAUGCUGCUGAUGUUGCUACACUCGCCAUUUUCGCCCUGGCUAGCUCUCUUCCCGAGAUAGAUGCACCGACAUGGCGAGCGAUUCUCCAAAUGCGCGCGGCCGGGGGCGUAUCUACGAGCUCAGACAUGCAAAAGCUCUCGAUACCCAGGGCCCGUCUUGUGGUAGAAACAACUGAUAUGCUCGAGCAUGAGCUGGCCCUCCGGCUACUUGAUCGCUUAGUACGCGCUCUCACGGCGCGAUUGGCGUUCCACGAAAUAUCAAAAGCGCGACAGGUGUACUCCCGCGACUUGCCAAAACAGCGUAAGAGUAGCGUUCUGGAUCUGAUUGUGGACAAUCUCAGCGAGCAUUACGGGGCAAUGACAGCGGCCAUUGGCGACUUGGAUCAUACGCCCCCUCCUGGCGCGCCUGCUUUCAUUGCUGAGUGGCUUCGCACCCUUCUCCUCAAAGAAUGGGAUGGUAACCCGCAACUGUCGAAAAGCAGUUCGGCUGGAGGUGCUGUUCAGAUUCUGUCCCUGUUGUACAAGGAGCGCAGCCGUUUGGGCCUGGUUCCCGAAGACUUCCACACCCCGUUUCUCUCCGACAGGUUGGAACCUUUGGACAUGCCUGUGGAGUGGAUGGGUAGGCUUCCGAGCAACAAGACAAUGCAUCUAUUGUCCUAUCCUUUCCUUUUCCCUCCUUCAGCUUUGGUGAUCUAUUUCCGAGCUCUCAACUACGCGGCCAUGUCCAAGUACUACGAAGCCGCUAUGACUACGACAAGACACGUGACACAAACGGCCUUUGGACCCAUCCAGGUUCAGGAUGAUGUCGGCUUACUCGCACAGUUAAAGACGUCAAUGUCUACAUAUCUGGUCCUGAUGGUUCGGCGCGACAAUAUUCUUAUGGAUGCUCUCAAUCAGCUCUGGCGCCGCGAAAGACGAGAGCUUAUGCGGCCACUGAAGGUACAAAUGGGUAUGGAUGAAGGCGAGGAGGGCCUUGACCACGGUGGUGUUCAACAGGAAUUCUUCCGAGUUCUGAUGGCAGAAGCACUGGAUCCGUCUUUUGGCAUGUUCACGACGGACGCGCGGACGCGGAUCUCAUGGUUCCAGCCGUGUUCGUGGGAGCCCUUGUACAAGUUCGAGCUGCUUGGACUCCUCAUGUCUCUGGCUGUGUAUAAUGGUCUCACGCUCCCGGUUAACUUCCCGACUGCCUUUUACCGCAAGCUACUCGGACUCAAGGUGAAGCACCUAGAGCACAUCCAGGACGGAUGGCCAGAGCUCAGCAAGGGAUUGGGAGAUCUACUUACAUGGGAGGAUGGAGAUGUGGGCGACAUAUUUAUGCGGACUUACGAAUUUAGCUUCGAGGCCUUUGGGGCUGUAGAAACAGUCGACAUGCAAAAGGUGGACAAAGAUGCUCCCUGGCCUGUGUCGUCCACGCCAUCCCGUGCCAGGAGCGGGUCGCGGUCCCUUGGGUACUCGCCUCCAUGGUCAGAGGUCCGCCAUUUUGCUGAUCACGCCGACCUCAGCCCCCCGUCUUCGAUGGCUGCAGAGACAGCGGGCUCCUACGGGGAAGCCACGAAACCGAUUGACACGCUUGUCCCAGCCCAGUCGCCAACACCUCCCGCCGAGGAGGCCAGCUUGGUGACCAACAGCAACCGUGCCCAGUUUGUCAAGGACUACAUCUUCUGGCUAACCGAUAAGUCUGUCCGGCCUCAGUUCGAGGCGUUUGCUCAGGGGUUCUACACCUGCCUCGACCGGACUGCCCUCUCUAUUUUCACACCGGAGGCACUGAAGACUGUGAUAGAGGGAAUUCAGACCAUUGACAUCCGGGAGUUGGAGCGUCACGCGCGGUAUGAGGGUGGGUUUGACCCCAGCCACCGGGUGAUCAGGGACUUCUGGAGUGUUGUACGGCGGUACCCAGCCGAGAAGAAGGCGCAGCUGUUGGAGUUUGUCACUGCCAGCGAUCGGGUACCGGUUAAUGGGAUCGCGAGCAUCAUGUUUGUGAUUCAAAAGAACGGAGUAGGAGAUGCUCGCCUUCCCACAAGUCUGACCUGCUUCGGACGCCUCCUGUUGCCGGAAUACUCCUCCCGUAGUGUCCUAGAGGAAAAGUUGAGCAAGGCGUUGGAGAACGCCCGGGGCUUUGGCGUUGCUUGA